AUGAAGCUAGUAAAACAGAGAAUGACAACCAAAAACUCCUCCGUGACAGAGUUUAUCCUUGCAGGAUUGACAGAUCAGCCAGAGCUCCAGAUCCCUCUCUUCUUCCUGUUUCUAGGUUUCUACCUGGUCACCCUGAUGGGGAACCUGAGUUUGGUAAUCCUGAUUGGACUGAACUCUAACCUUCAUACUCCCAUGUACUUCUUCCUCUUCAACUUGUCCUUCAUAGAUUUCUGUUUCUCCACUACGAUCACCCCAAAAAUGUUGAUGAGCUUUGUUUCAGAGAAGAACACCAUCUCCUAUCCUGGGUGCAUGACUCAGCUCUUCCUCUUCUGCUUCUUUGUCAUCUCUGAGUCCUUCAUCCUGUCAGCCAUGGCAUACGACCGCUAUGUCGCCAUCUGUAAACCCUUGGUGUAUGCUGUCACCAUGUCUCCCCAGGUGUGUUUACUCCUUUUGUUGGGUGUCUAUGGAAUGGGGUUUGCUGGGGCCAUUGCCCAUACUGGAAGCAUAAUCAGUCUGACCUUCUGUGCUGAUAACUUUGUCAAUCACUUCAUGUGUGACCUCCUUCCUCUCCUUGAGAUCUCCUGCGACAGCUCUUACGUGAAUGAGCUGGUGGUCUUUGUUACUGUGGCCAUUGACAUUGGACUGCCAUUAGUCACUAUCUUCAUUUCUUAUGCCCUCAUCCUCUCCAGCAUUUUUCACAUUCAUUCCAAUGAGGGCAGAUUGAAAGCCUUCAGCACCUGCAGCUCCCACAUGAUUGCUGUUUCUUUCUUCUUUGGUUCUGGUGCUUUUAUGUAUCUCAAACCACCUUCCAUUUUGCCUCUUAACCAAGGGAAAGUGUCCUCUCUGUUCUAUACCAUUGUGGUGCCCAUGUUAAACCCAUUAAUUUAUAGUUUGAGGAAUAAAGAUGUCAAAGUUGCUGUGAGAAAAACCUUGUACAGAAACAUAUUUUCCUAG